AUGUUCAUCAGCAUUUUCAGAUACGUCUCCCUGCACGUACGAGUGAGCAACAGAGCAGCUCUGAAUUUGUACGAGAAGACGCUUCAAUUCGAAAAAACGGAAGUGGAAGCAAAAUACUACGCCGACGGAGAAGACGCCUUCGCCAUGAAAAAGUAUUUGGACGAGUUUUGGGAGAAAAAAGAUUCAAAGCCGCCGAAAUUCCAGUUUUCGUGGAGGCCGAGCGCGGAGCAGAAAGUUGAACAAAAAAUGAAGAGACUGUCGAUCGGGUCCACCGAGUCGCUUCCGGAGCUCGAAGAAAAUAACACAGCACAGCCAAUUGAGUCGCAAUCUUAG